UAUUUGGUGGGGGAAAAGGUUUGCUGCUAGGUAUAAAUAUGAUGACUCAAUUAUCCGAAGUCAUUCUAACGAUUGUUACGGUUCCGGGAGGUACUGUUCUGAUCCUUUUGCUCAAAUAAAAUUUCAUAAUGACUGGUCGUGGAAAGGGAGGGAAGGGAUUGGGAAAGGGAGGUGCAAAGCGUCAUAGAAAAGUUCUUCGCGAUAAUAUCCAAGGUAUCACUAAACCUGCGAUUCGUCGUUUGGCUCGUCGAGGUGGUGUGAAACGUAUAUCUGGGUUAAUUUACGAAGAAACUCGUGGCGUAUUAAAAGUUUUUCUGGAAAACGUCAUUCGCGAUGCGGUCACGUAUACCGAACACGCUAAGAGAAAGACUGUGACAGCCAUGGACGUUGUUUAUGCUUUGAAACGUCAAGGACGUACUCUCUAUGGAUUUGGUGGUUAAAGACCGCCAUAAGUGCAGAUCCUUCAAUUAUCUUCUGAUCGGAAAACGGCCCUUUUCAGGGCCA